AUGGCGCUUUUGGGUCUCGACGAGCUCGCCAUUUGGCUGAUCCCCAUCUCAGUGGGCAUCUUCCUUGUACAGCAAUAUGCCCUGUACUUGGUUCUUUUGUUCAUUGUCUACUUCGUAACCAUCCGUGCUCUGGAAAGCAUCUCUCUCGGUAACCUCCAGUCCAAGCCAGUCCUCAUCACUGGCUGUGACUCUGGCUUCGGAUUCGGCCUCACCAUCAAGUGCUUGAAGAAUGGAAUGCCAGUUUUCUCAGCUUGUUUCGACGAGAGGGUAAGCGAUUGGAAGUACACUUUAGGGCUUAUUGUUAAUAAAUUAAUUGGAGCUACAACUUCUGACAAUAACUAGUAUUGUUACUGAUAACGAGUGAUAAUAACGUGUGUUUGCAGGGAGAAAAGGGGCUCCGUGAUGAAGCCAAGAAGAUCCCCGGAGGAGACCAACUUCUGGAGACCUUCACUCUUGACGUGCGCAGUGACGAAUCCGUCAACAAAGCCCGUGAAUUCGUGGAGGGAAAGAUUGCUGAGAACGGGUACAAAGGUAAGAAUUACUUCAAUUACCGUACUCUUUAUGUAGCUAGGUUACUUUAGGGCCAUUAUAAAUUUAGUUUUACAAUUACAGUAAACCAAUAUGUUUCCUUGAUGGUAGUGAUCUUCAAUAAUACUUCAAAUUGACGUUGUUUUCUUAACUGCGUUAACGAAAUUUUCGGUACAACAGUAUACUAUCAGUCAUUUCAACUGUUAUUUUGCAGGACUUUGGGGUUUGGUGAACAAUGCUGGAAUCGGUGACAUGAGAGGCUGGGACGACUGGCAGACUCCAGCCGUCUACCAAAGAUUCUGGGAGGUUAACGCUCUCGGCGUGAUCAGAACCACCCAUGCCUUCAGACACUUGAUCAAGCGCACCAAGGGACGUAUCGUGAAUGUCACCUCCAUCACCGGAAAGGUCGCCAUGCCCACGAUCGGCCCCUACAGUGUGUCCAAGAUGGCUGUUGGUGCUUACAGCGACAUCAUCCGCUCUGAACUCUGCCAAUGGGGAAUCAAGGUCUGUGUUUUGGAACCAGGAUUCUUCAAGACCCCUCAGGCCAACCCUCAGGCCUCUUUGGACGACAGUGCUCGCGUGUGGGACCGUACUCCACAGUCUGUGAAGGACGAGUAUGGAGAAGAGUACUACAAGUGGUGUAAGUGUUACAUAUUGAGAUUAGAUCGUGAAACCCUAAAACUGGGUCUUUUAAUCUAUUUCACAACAUUGGGUAUCACAAUAUCUUCAAAUUUUGUAAUAACAGCUUAGAGCGAUCUUGUUGUUGUGAAAUCAAUCACCAAUCACUUCUGGAGAUUCAGUGUAAACCAAAGUGAUCUUUAAAAGACAACCGAUUGUAAUAUAACCUUAUCUUUUCCUUUCGCAAUCAGAUGUUAUUCCAUCACAUUUUUUGUUUUACACUCACGUUUUCUGAUUAGAUAACGAGUUGUAAAAAGGGGAAUGUUAAAGUUGUAUUCUUCUUUAACUUUUUAAGUGUUUUUCAUCCAAUGUUUACUGUAUUUGACGUCAACUGUACUGUAAUAUAAUCGUUUUCAGCUCAACAAAUCAUCACUGGCUACCUCGAGUACAAGUGCAAGCCUGGAGCUCAUUUGGUAGUUGAUGCCUACUACAACGCUUUGACCUCCGUCCUCCCUCGCGGCCGCUACCAGAUUGGCUACGACUCCACCUUCCAAUUCACUCCUCUAUCGUACCUCCCUACCAGAUGGCAAGACUGGAUCUUCCGCUACUACACCUCCUACGUCGCUCGUCCACCACCAACCAAAGUGUCCUAUUGA